GGCCCAAAACAGCAGUGAACAACCGGACAAAUGAUGCUCAAAGUAGCUUCUUUCUUAUCUAAUAAUAAUGAAAAUGUUGAAAUGUGAAUCUAUGACCUGUAAAUCAACGGACUAAGUGCUGGCUGACGGGUUCAUACUUUUAGUCUGCAUUCAUGCCCUAUUUAUCAGCUUUUCUUCUAAUCUUUUUUUCCUCGUUUUACAGGUGGAAAUAGUGGGAGGUGAUUGAGCAUAAGUGUAGAUUUUGUAAAAUAAUCUAUUUUUUUCUAGGCAAAAUUACUUUGGAAUAAAGGGAUUAUAUCACCCCCUAUAUUUAUCCAAUCCAUCCCUAGAUAUUCUUUUUUCUUGGGAUUUUGAACCAGCAAACAAUGGAGAAGCUUCUUAGACCCUACGAUAAGGAGUUUAUGAGGAUGGCAAUCUUAAAACAUGAAGAAACAUUCAAACAACAGGUUUACGAGCUUCAUCGUCUAUAUAGAAUCCAAAAGACAUUGAUGAAAAAAAUGGAAAGCAGUAAACCCAUGAUGAAUGGAAGCUAUAUGCAUCAUCAGAGUUCAAUAACCAGGCUUGACUUGGAACAUCCAGCCGACGACGAUGACGAUGAAUUCAUAAAUGAAAGCGAGAUUGAAUUGACUUUAGGACCCACAAAGUCCAUGUCGAGGAAGAAACAUGGGACUCCCACUUUAACCUCAGAUUCUGGACCCAACAGCUUCUCUUCAUCUUCGACCGAAUCCUGUCAUAUGAUCAACAGCAGGCGGAGUAGUUUCAUGGCAACCAAACAGAAGACAAACACAUCUGCAAGAGAUGAAUUCAUUGGUCGUGAGCUGGGACUCCUCCAGGUCGCCGACACCACAUUGGGGUAUCAAACCGGAAGCAAAAACAAGGUGGAUCUCGGACAACAAUUGAGACAAGAGAUGUUAAAUCAGCCUCCUUGGCUUUUCCAAGUUCUUAGUAUGAAUAUGAGUUGAAAAAUACAAAUAAAAAAACUUCCAAGUC